AAACAAAAACAAAGUCAAAUCGACUUUUAAAUACGUAAUUUUCGUCAAUUAACAACGACGUAAGAUAAGGAAAGCAAUAUCAGAAAGGCUUAUGCAACAUGCAUUCAUCAAUUCUUGAAGACUCGCCCAAUGCGCGCAUCAACAAGACCAUCUUGGACCGUUAUCUGGCCCUGCCGCUAGAGGAUAACAUUGUGCAGGCCACCUACGUGUGGAUCGAUGGCACCGGCGAGGAUCUGCGCUGCAAGGAUCGCACCCUCGACUUCAUACCCUCGAGCCCCAAGGGUAAGUGCCAAACACUCGGGACGAACCGAAUUAAUUCGCUGACCUAGACACGGACGACUGCCGGCUGGCUGUGCUCUCAUUUUAAUCUAAUCAUGCGACUACUUGAGCUAAACAAAGCUUUCCACUGCCAUUGCCAUUGCCACUGCCCCUGCCCCUGGCCCUGCCUCUUGAGUGGCUGUCCGCUUGUCAGGCCGAGCGCCUGCUAUAUCAGCUGAUCCGCGCGGCUCUUCAGGAACGGCUACGCACAGAUUGAUAUGCACGCAAGUCGAGCUGAUUCCCAAAAACAAUGCCAAGCAACGCAAAAUCCAUUCCCGGCCGCAAUCAGUGUCAAUCCCAUUCAGAAUUUACGUUCUUUGCUGCUUUGGCCUUGACACCAGCGCGACGACGUCAGACGACGUCAGACGACGUCUGCCCAAUGUUUAUAGACUUUGA